AUGACUGCGGCGGAUCCGCCGUCAGGUCUUCUGGACAUUGCCAGCACCCUCUCGCAAGAUGAGAUUCCUUUCAAGCUGCGAUGCGCCAUCUGCAACAAGUUGGCAGUGAACGCUUUUCGCCUUCCAUGCUGUGACCAGUCGAUCUGUGAGAUUUGUCAAACUUCCCUUCCGGAUACUUGUCCAGUCUGCGCCCAUUAUCCAGUCUCUGCAGACUUAUGCAAACCGAAUAAGGCUCUGCGAACGACCCUGAAAGCUUUCUUGCGCACCGAGGAGAAGAAGCGCGAGAAGGAAAGGCAAUCGGCAGCUCCCGUCACACCUACUACCACAUCCCCUGUUGAGGACAAUGCCACCCAGACACAGCCAACAGUGGAUCAAGGAAAAUCUGAAAAUAUCGUCACUGCGCAAUCUCAUAAUGCCCAGUCGCAAUACCCGGCGCCAGCUGAUGGCUCGGCUGAUCUCGCGAAAGCUUCAGAUCCAGCGGCAGCAGAGUCCCAAACGCCGGAUUUGGAGGCUGCUGUGAACGAGACUGGAAUUGAGGACUUGUCCACAACCACUACUCAGCAGGGGCUCGAUGGCAGCGCAGAUCAUCAAGACGGAGGCGACGAACAAACUCAAGUCGAAGACACGGGACCUCCAGCCGAGAGAGAUGGCGCAAAUGAACCAUCCCAAGAACCCAAUGGCAUACAGCCGGGCGUGACGCCUGGAAACUUCCCCGGCAUGACUGGCUGGAAUGGGAACAACAACUUUACUAGCAUGAACGCAAUGAUGGCCAAUCCAAUGUUCAAUUUCCCCAACAAUAUGGGCAUGCCUAUGACAAUGGACCCAAUGACCGCUAAUCAGGGGAUGUUCGGUGACUAUGGAAUGAACAUGGCUGGCAUGGGUAUGAAUAUGGGCAUGAAUUUCAAUGGACAAGGCAUGUACGGAUCCUUAGGAUGGAAUGGCUCUCAACAAAACAUGUGGCAUGGCGGCCAAGAUAAUUUCAAUCCAAAUGCUUUCGCUAAUGGCACAGGCCCUCCCUUUGGAGGUGCCUUUGGCGGGUCUAAUAUGUCUUACCCUUCCAACUCGGACUUCCAGUCUGGUUACUACGGGCCAGGUUAUGGCCGGGGUGGUGGGUAUCGCGGUCGCGGCCGUGGGCAUUAUGCAGCCGGUCCGGGUCCUGGCCACAGGGCAUAUGGAGCUGCUGGAGAUGAUCACCAAUUUCCCCAAACUGGUAACCCUGGGCUUGCUAAUGGUCAGCCUGGCGCUGGUCAAGACGAUAUUCCAGUUCAGCCAGAUGCUCCUACUGAGAAAACGGAAGACGCUUCCUCCCACACGGAUACGGAUAAGAUGGCCAGUACGGAUUUAGUAUCGACUGCGGAGGUGCAGGCAACUGACGAUGAUGCUGCGAGAGGGGCAGCGGAGUCCAAAGUCGAUUCAGCAGACAACAACGCUGAUCAAAGCCCGCAAUUACAAGGAAUUCCUACAAUUGACAGUUUGGAUCAGCCGUCUGACUCGAUGGAAGUCAAUGGAUAUCCCAUGUUCAACGUUCCUGGAUAUGGUCGAGGCGGGUACAUGCGAGGCGGAUUUCAUGGCCCUCGCGGUGGAGGACACUGGGGUGGCAUGCCCAACAUGUAUCAACAGGGUCCAGUGGAACUACGAAACCCCGGAGUGGAAGGCGCGCCUGCUGCACCACGUGCCAUGCGACAAGGUCUUCCCAACACGAGCAUCUUGCGGCAACGUGGAUUUCACAUGCGUGGCAAAGGUUCCAUGAGCAGUACCACGCCCGCUUCUUCUCAGAGGGCCAACUCUGAAGCUCCUGGAGAACUUACACGAACCCGCUCUCCUUCCAGAGCUCCAUCCCAAGCUCGGCAGAUUGGAAAAGUAUCUCGCUCACCAUCUCAUGAUCGUGCCUCACGGGCUGGUUCCCAUUUUGAAGGUGAUGAGCGACGACCUCGUGCUCAAGACGGAGCUCAAGUACGACCCGAGCCUGUGAAGGAGAUUGAAAGACUCGGUCAUCGCUCACGAUCGCCUUCGAGGAUGUCUUCUCGUCGGUCGUCCCGUCGAAGAGACCGUGACGAGCCCAGAGAUCGAAGAAAUGGUCACCACUCGCAUCGAUCUCGCCGUCACCGGAGCCGUAGCGAUAGUCGCGCUCGCAGUGUAAGUCCCCUGGUUGAUGGAGACCGCCGUCAUCCAGACCGUCUGAAGCCCAUAUCUGAAGGAGUAGAGUCAAAGGCUCACGGCAAAGGGACGGUGGAGAGUGGUGUCCGAGGGGAUCUCGCAAGCCGCAUCGGCAAUGGUCAUCGGUCCAGCCAAGAUGUACCUCAUCGGAGAGACGAGGGCAGAGAACGAGACCGAGACCGUGGCCGCGAGCGGGAGCGUGAGCGUGAUCGAGACAGAGACAGAAAUAAAGACCGAGACCGAAAGGACAGACACCGUGAGAAGAAUCGUGACUCCGAUAGAAGAGAUCGUGCUAGGGAUUCAGAUCGCGAGCCUCGUCAGACUCGUGACCGUGACCGUGAUCGGGAUCGCGACCGUCAACGUGAAAAAGACCACGAUGACCGGGACCGGGAGAGGGACAGAGUGCGUGAUCGUGGUCGUGGUCAUGACCGAGGUUCAGACCGUGACAUGACUCGCAAGCGUCGUCGCGAUCGCUCUGAAUCAGCCGCUAUCAACAACGGCAGCUCUGCCCAACCGCCACAAGCUCGCCGCGUGAAGACCAACGGGGACGCGCGGGAUCGCGAGCAAACGCGGCCUAUGACCGCCAAGUCGGAGUCGGAAAAAGAUCCCUAUACGCUCGAGCGCGAGGCACGUAACCGUGAACGACUCCUUCGUGAACAACAAAAUCGAGGUAAUACUAAAUCAAGUUCCUCGAAGCCUAGUCACCGCCGUGAUAGUCGUCAGGAACGGCUCGUGGGUGGUCGGCGAAUCAAUUACAAGUACGAGGAUGAACUUUGA